AUGAGUUUUAUUAAUUUUCCAGUUAAAAAAAUUAAUUUUUUAAGAUUUCAAAACAGAUUCACGUCAACGGUUGGAUUCUUUGACCGUUUUUCCCAGAACUGGUGGGAUAUCGACGGUGAUAUGUCAAUUUUGCAUGACUACAACCAGGUUCGAAUCCCAUUCAUAGCAAAUUCUUACAUAAACCGUAAAAAGGAUAAACUUGAAACUGAUUUUGACCCCCCUGAUAACAGUUCGAAUCCGUUUUUAUUUACUCAAUUUGGUAUUUUCAAAGAGCCUUACAAAAGGUCUAGUGUUCACAUAGAAUCAGUACUUAAGGGUCUUAAAAUUUUAGAUGUUGGUUGCGGAGGCGGAAUUUUAACUGAAUCUCUAGCUAAAUUUGGCUCUAAAGUACUUGGAAUUGACCCUAACGAGAAUCUUAUAAAAGUUGCUAAAUCGCAUAAAAAAACACAUUUUGAUAACUAUCAUCUCAGCUUAGGGCUUAAAAACGAUUAUUCUAACAAUCUUGACUAUAAGUCCACUUCAGUUUAUGACUUUUUAACUGACAAGACCAGGGCCACUUUUGACAUUGUUGUAGCUUCAGAGGUCAUAGAACACAUUGAUAACCGAGAAAAGGAACAAUUUUUCGAAACUUUAACGUCCUUUGUUAAGCCUGGAGGCUUAUUUGUAAUUACCACCCCAGGCUCCAGUCUUUCCUCCUAUUUUGUGAAUGUAUUUUUAGCUGAGAACUUGUUCUCUAAAGUUCCCAAGCACACUCACGAUUUUGACCUGUUUAUCUCACCCAGAAACUGUUGUAGAAUAUUAAAGAAACUUAAUUUUGAACCUGUUUCAAUCCAAGGGCUUUUAUAUUUACCAUUUCUAAGACGUUUUUUCCAUAUAAACUCACCUGACUUACUCUACAUGUACUCCUUCACCACUUCUGAUACAGAAUAA